AUGGCUGCGUUGAUGAUGGUUAGAGAUAUAAAACCACGUAACGACGGGAACGAAGAACAUGAACAACAGGAUACUGGUCGGGUUAUUCGAGACAUUAAAAACGUGUAUCCUGAAGUUAUUGAUUUAUUUAGAGGAGUUAAUGAUUCAAUUUCAAAACAUUCUAUAACCCUCGAUGAAGAGAAUAAAUUAACAGAUUAUAUAUUCGUCAUUAUUGCAGAACUAAUGAAGAGAAUAAAUGAAAAAGGAAUUGGUGAUAUCAUUAAUGUCAGCGAUGUAAUGAUGAAAAGAAAUUUUGACUCAUUAUUUACAAAACCGAAAACAGAAUAUAGUCUUUAUGACGUAAUUACCGAAUUAAUGAAAAAGAUUAAUGAUAAUAAGAGUUCUGGCGGAAGAGUUGAAUUAGAAGUGAAUGAUGUUAAUGAGAAAUUAGCCGAAAAAGCAGACAAAAAUGAGCUUUUAGCUCUGAGUGAUAAAGUCAAGAACCACGUUCAUUAUAUAACUUCAGACGAACAGAUUAUAACGGACUACCAUGGAUAUUUAACACAGGAUGAACAAAUAAGCACUGAAGAUGUUAAUGAAAGAAGAUAUAAAUACAUUCGUGCUAAAGGUUAUGACAUAAGCUGUACUGUACAGUAUGAUGUAGCUAAAGCACCAGAAGCAUUUGGUUAUACCGGUGAAAUUUAUGCCUCUACUUUCAAUGUUAACGGUGUAUUAGUUGAACCAAGAUUUACUUUGAGAGUUAAGGCAAAAAUAACGUUUGAAGAUGCUAUUAAAAGUAAAGCCAGCAAAGAUGAACUUGAAGCAAUGAACAAAGUUUUGAAAUCUCAUAAACACAAUAUCUCUGAUAUAAAUGAACUUCAAGCUACAUUAAAUAGUAAAGCUGACAAGAACCAUACACAUAAAUCCUUCACUACUGUUAGAGCAGACGACAUAAUAUUGAACUAUACCCUUGGUUCAAGUGCACCUUUAGAGAAUCCAAGUACAAGCGUAAAAGAUACACUAAACUCCUUAAAUAACAAAUGUAUGAACAUUGAAGGUCAUGCCAGAAACUUUGAAACACAUGAACUACCAGCAAUGUUAGAUAAAAAAGCAGAUAAAGAACAUACACAUAACUCCUUCUCAACUGUUGCUAUAGAAAGUAUUGAAGGAACGGUUGACGGAACUGAUGGGGAUGCAUUAUAUUAUAAACCUCCUAACUUUCCACAAGGUUUAACAUCGAAUGAAAACAUAACAACGAAGAAAAAAAUUAGCUGUAAAAAUGUUUAUGUCAUGAGCAGUGAAAAUAAUGUUAAAUUCACUGCUCAAGAUUUAUAUGAUAAGAAAGCAGACAAAACAGAGCUUCAAACAUUAAAGACUCAGAUUCUUCAAACAUUAUAUCCUAUAGGCUCUAUUUAUACGUCAAUGAACUCAACAAAUCCAGCAACAGUUUUAGGUUUUGGUACGUGGAAGCAGAUUGUAGACAAAUUCUUAUACUGUGCUAACUCUUCAAAGCAAACAGGAGGUUCGAAGAAAAUUACUGAAGCAAACCUUCCACCGCACACUCAUACAGGAACUACAAACACAACAGGUAGUCAUUCACAUUCAAUAACAAAAAGAGGUUAUAGAAAUCUUGCAGCAGGUUCGGAUAGACAGGGAAUGGAUAGAUAUGAUAUUUCAAGUGACCCAGUAGAUUCAAGCGCAGGUAUUUUCUGUGGAACCGCAGGAAAUCAUUCACACACUUUCACAACAAAUCCAACAGGCUCGGGUGCAGAUUAUAUGCAACCAUUUGUGACUAUAUUCGCAUGGUACCGCGUUCAAUGA